GAUUGGGUCCGGGCUGGGCUGGGCAGGUGCUGGGCCGGGACCGGGGCAGGGUCUGGGCAGGGGCCGGGGCAAGAGCGAGGGCUGGAGCCCGGGCAGAGCCUGUCACAUGCUGCAGCCCAGCGUGGCUCUCCCCCGCCCCCCAGGCCUCGGGGCGGCCCCCCCCCAGCCGCAGCGCGCAGUUGGCCAGCGCCGGGCUCUGCGGCGGCUGCGUGGGAGCCCGCAGAUCCUCCCCGCGCGUCGGCCCGCGAGUCAGGCUGUGCUCGCCCGCGCCGCGGACAGCCGGAGCCAUUCCCAUUGAUCAGGACAAAGUGCUGAAGAUGUUUCCAGAGGAGAAGAAAACGGAGUUCGUGAGUGUCUGGGUCCGGGAUCCUCGCAUUCAAAAGGAGGACUUCUGGCACUCCUACAUUGACUAUGAGAUCUGCAUCCAUACCAACAGCAUGUGUUUUACCAUGAAGACGUCCUGCGUCAGGAGGCGGUUUCGGGAGUUUGUGUGGCUCAGACAGCGGCUUCAGAGCAACGCGCUGCUGAUACAACUUCCCGAACUUCCUUCUAAAAACCUGUUUUUCAACAUCAAUAAUCGCCAGCACGUUGACCAGCGGCGUCAAGGCCUGGAAGAAUUUCUGAGAAAGAUCCUACAAAAUGCCCUUUUGCUCUCAGACAGCCGGCUUCACCUCUUCUUACAGAGUCACUUAAGUUCUGAAGACAUCGAGGCCUGUGUUUCUGGACAGACAAAAUAUUCCGUUACCGAAGCAAUUCACAAGUUUGCUUCCUCAAACAGACGUUUCCCCGAAGAAAAUGAGGAGGGAGAGAAAAAAGACAAUUCUAUAGAAUAUGGAUCAGAAAGUUCAUCCUCCGGGCUUGGUCACAGUUGUGAAGACAGCAGUCCACAUGGAUGUAAAACAAGCCCAGAUCUUCAAGAAUACUGAAAAAUAAUUUUUAUGUUACUAUCUUAGUAAUAGGAAAUCAUGCCCAUGUCAUAAGGACAGGAUUGGUUCACAAUAGCUCCCUACAUAAAGCCCUUCUGUCUGGAUGACAUGAUUGGUGAUGUGUUCUCAAAGCUGUUGCCUCCCCCCUCUCUCCUCCCCCCCCCUUUUUUUAAGUUCAUUAAUAGUUCCCAGUUCAGGGUCUUAUGUUGUCUUAUUUUAGUCCAGGUAGAGGGGAAGCAAAACUCUCUUGGCUGUGACUCAGUAAAAUGGCUAAGACUGAAUUUUGGGGAUAAACAAUGAUUGAUAAAUGAGCUCCUGCUUCAGUAGGAAAUGAUUUAUAUUAAUAUAUAGGUGUGAAUUUACAUUUGUGUGUGCUGUGUAAAACCUUUGGUUCUGAUCAAUUAAAAAAUCCACUUGGUACAUAAACACAGAUUAAAACCAGGAUAUUGCAUUUCCCCUACAUUGAUGUGUCACUUUAAACAGACUUUUGAAAUCUGUCAUAGGAUUUUGCAGGCCGUAUUCUAGCAAGUGCCAUACCCCAUAGCAUGGAUUAAGGAAAUGUGCUGAUAUUACGUGGCUCCGUCCCCUAUGCAGGAAAAAAACUUGGGAUGUUAGUGUGAGUGUGUGUGGCUGACUCAGUACUAGCUAGGACUGCUCAGCUUCCAGCCUGCUAUUUAUUGUGCACACAGAUGGAACUCACAGCUUAGGAACACAGACCAGUAUUUGAAUAUUUUUUAUUCGAGUGUUAAUUCAAAUAAAUAGGACAACUAACGUCUCUUCAGACUUAACAAAACAUCUUUUCAAGCAAGGAUCGACCUCAGCCUCAGAUGUGGAGACUCUAAUUUUUGUCAUAUAUUUGAUAAAGACAAAUUCAUUUAUUUCUUUUCAGAAUUUGUCAUUUCUUCAGUAUUUUUAGGUGGUGAUGAAUUUCUUCACUAAAUGGAAAGACCGUCUUAAAAACAAGACUCAAGGUCAUGUUUACAAAAAAAGUAUUCUGCUAGUUUCGGAAAUAAAAUUAACUGUGUGAUUAUGCAGUAAAAAAAAUUUCUAUCCAUUUUCUUACCUCCUUUAAGGCUACACUUGAGAAAUGUUACAGGCUGGUGAAAUAUAUCCUUAUAUAACUUUCUGUUGACAUAGCACUUUAAUAAGAUAAUUAUCCAAAUUUCUUCCUUGUCCAGUGGCACAGAGUAAUGAGUUUCCAUUCUAAGAAACUGGCAGGAAGAUAUUUACAAAGAAACGGAGGUGACUUGUUGCUCCUCCUAGCUUUUUCUCCUCCUGAAGGCUGGUGGAAGAUGCUUGUAAAAGCAGUUAAUUUAAGGAGUAUUUUUAUCAUUCCAUUAUUAAUAAACUCCUAAUGGAGGUCAAAGGAUUGUACUGAAAUAACAACACAAAACAAAAAACGCAAGACAAGAAUUAUUCUCUUAAUUUGGCUGUCUUGCUUUCUUGUUUGGUCUAAACAUUUAUUAGAUUUUGCUUAGAAUCUUGAUUUAGUAUGUGAGGCCUGUUACUGCAUCAUGGGAGAGCCAUUAAUUGAAAACAGGGGGAAAAAAACCCCAAGAUUUAAGAGCUUUUCUAAUCACCCUGGUAACGGGGAUAGGGGUAAGAGAAGGAGGGGGUAGGCUGCCAUGUAGUAUUAGAUUUAUUUAUUUAUUUUUCUUAGCGAUACAUAUUUGAAUUUACAAUCACUAUUUCGCUUUUGGAAUAUUUUUAGAAAAGAUGUGAUCGGCCAUAAAUUUUAAUGUUAUUUUUAGAUCUUGUAACAUAAAUAUCAAAAUGUCUUCCUUAUAAUUUGUUCCAUAAGAUUCAGUGGAUUUUUGUUUCUAAAUUAAACGUGAAGAAAUCUC